UUUCACAAAUGUCAUACGUUUUCAUGUACUUCAACAAAAACACACCACACUUUCUCUCUCUUCACUAACAAAAACACAAAACAAACUCCCAUUUUCUCUCUCCUAAACAAAUUCCCUGUUCUUUCUUCCCCACUCUCAUCACAGAUUCACAGUACAGCCAGAAACAGAGAGAGAAAGAUGGGAUCUGAAGAAGAAGGAACAGAAACAGAGCAUGGAAGUGAAAUCCCAAAACUACCCUUAUACACACUACCCUCUCUAAAAUCAACACAACAACAACAACAUUCAACAAACUUAUUAACAUCACCCUUACACACUUCAGCUUCAGCCUCAGUCUCAGUGCCCUUCAAAUGGGAGGAACAUCCUGGAAAGCCCUUACCUUGUCUUGAACUUGCCCUUCCUUCUUCUUCUUCUUCUUCAUCUUCUACAACAACAAUUAAGUCCCUAGAAUUGCCUCCAAGGUUGCUCAAUGAGACUAAAUUUACCAAAACACCCUCCCCUACAACCGUCCUAGAGGGUCCGUACAGUUACAGUAAUUCUGCUACUGUAGGAAAGUCCUUCUCUUUUAGGUUUCUUAGGAAAAGACAAGGGUCCUUCGAUGGUUCCCUUAGUUUUGGGGGUAGUCGAGGAAGUAGCCCUGAAAGAGGCUUGCUUGGGACAAUUGUUCUUAGCCGCAGCAGCAGUGUUAGUAGGAGAGAGAUUAAUACUAAUACUAAUACUACGACUAAGGGCUUGUUUGGUUCUUGGAUGAAAAGAGGUGGGAAUAAUAGUAAUUUCAAAGGUAAAAACAGUGAUGUUCAUGGGGGUAAAUUCGUCUUUCCAGGUUUCCUCUCCGAUGAUGGUAUUACAGGUACGGAUGACGGUGGUGAAGCAACUGUUCAGGUUACAAAGAUGGGUAAAAAGGGCAAGUUCUUGGGUUUGUCAUCAAGCAGCAGCAAGUCUCACUUCUGGGCAAGCAUAUAUGGGGCCUUCAAGCAAGUGAUACCCAGUCCCAGGAAAAGUACGAAGUGGAAGAAAGAUGCCUGGUAAACUAACCCCAUCUCUCUUAUCCUUUGCCAGUAACAAGUCCCCAUCGAUUUGCCACCAAUCCAAAGUGCCUGUCUCUAAACAUUUGCUCUAUCUUACCCCCUCUAAUUAAAGCGUGCUCUCUCUAUCUCCCUCGUUCUCUCCUUUUCUAUCCCUUUGAUGAGAACGACACGAACUGUCGAAUAUUCAUUCAUAAGAUGUAUACAUGAAAUUAUAUUUUCUGUAGUGUUUGAAUUAGUAUCGAAGAACAUAUAGUUACUGAUUAUGAGUAUUUUAUUACAGUUUGUACUUCAAUGUGUGUAAAUUUUUACUGGUACUUACCCUGAAAUUUGAACUUCCUGUUCUGGUGA